UGAAGUUUGGGCUUUGGACUCUGAUUGGGCCGGGCCGGGGAAUAUACCAUCGCUUCCUCCUCCCUUUCCCCCAGCGUGCGCUGUUCGGAACUUGCAUCUGUUCUGGCCCUCCCGGAGACGAUCGACUUCGCCGGCGACGCCAUCUAGCCACAGGCACAACGGAGUGCUGAGGUGGAAGCACUCUGCUGUGAAUGGGGAAUGCUAUGAAUAAAGACAAAGGUCAUGACAAGGAGACUCACGGAACAAGCAGCGAUAUAAACGAGAAUACAUCUGUGGUUGACGUGAAGGGUCCUAAUCUGCUUGAGCGAGCAAAGGAAGAGAUCGAAGCACUCGCCGGAGCUGUUCAUACUAAGAUGGAGCACCAUUCUAGUCCCCAUGAAAAGGAGGAUGAAUCGCAUAAGGAAGACAAGGAGGGGAGCCUGCAGAAAAUAAAAACCCACACAAAUGAAACUCAUGGAACAAGUACCGACAUAAACGAGAACACACCAGUAGACAAAGUCAAAGGCCCGAAUGUGUUUGAGCGUGCCAAGGAAGAGAUCGAAGCUAUUGCCGAAGCUAUCCAUCCGAAGGGACCAGACAGUAAGUGAGUGUGCCUGGGGGAAUCUUCGUCUUCACUGGCUGCAAAAACAUUAACAUGAGCUAUUACCAGAUGAAUGCAUUUACACGGUGACCAAGAUAUCCACCUAGUGGUCUUUUGUUUACGUGCUCCGGAGCUGUAAGAGCUUUGUUUGUAUGCUACACUGUUUUUCGUUGUGCAAUUGAGGUUUUUCUGCCUAACAGAGAGGCAUGUAAAAAUACCGAAUGUGGAAUUGUGAUGCCGAAAUUAUGUAAAAAUACUGAAUGUGGAAUUGUGAUGCAGGAAUUAUUGUGCUCGACAA